GGCAAAUAGCCUUCUUUCCAAAUAGUGUACAACGUGGGGACCUUGCGUUGAUAGUAUUUGUGCCCCAAGUGUUCUGACAUUCGGCACCGAUAUGCACUUACGUUGAUAAUUCUAUCCUAUACCAGGUAAAGUAGUCCGCUUCAAACUGAUUCUAUUUCUGGGUCUUGGCUCCAGGGUCCACGGUUCCGAGAAAUAAAAUUCUACAUCAUCGGUACACAUUGCGUCGCCACAGACGGUCAGGAAAGAGGAUUAUACUGCUAACUGUUUCUAGGAGGCUGUGGCUCCGUCAUGGUGUGGGAUGCUGCUCAUCGGGAGAUCUUCGACGCCAUUAUCUCUGAGGGCGAGGCGAUGGUGCGCCGUUCUCGGGACCCGAGGUACGCUUGGCUGGCCCGCCGCCAGAGGUUCUCAGCAAGCGACACGGCGCGCCUGCGCGAAGUCGCCAGCAAGAUGCCGGAGGAAGCCCUGAGGGACGCCCUGGCGUCUGUGAAGGAGGCUGCCACAGCCGACACGCUGGACGUCUUCACGGCGGCUGCGGUCAUCGACGCCGUGCUGCGGUCCCACGCCAGGGAACACGAGAGUAGCGCCGUGCUGCGCAGGGUGGCUGAGAGCGGCCGCAGAAGGCACCGCAGUCUGCAGAACCGGCUGUUCCUGUGGUUGACAGCACUGACGAGAUCAGCUCGCGUGUCUCCGCUGGCGGCGGCAAUAGAAGGGACCAGCUUCGCUGCCCAGCGGAAGAUGGACAAGAAACCAAGUGUACAGUAAUCUCAUUUCUGUCAAACAUUCCGUUA